GCAUCAGAUCCCUCAUUUUUUUCAGAAAUCAACUAAAGAGAUCCAAAUUUCUAAAUUUUGCAUACUAUUGCAAAUCCUCUCUCCACACGCUAAAAAGUUUCUAUUUUUCAUCUCACGGGCGAGUUCGUUAGCUGGUCUUGUGUCUGAUCUCUCACAAAAAAAAGAUUGUGGUUCUACUGAAUUGUUUGAAGGAGUUUCUGCGAAUUAGGGUUUCCGCGAGGACUUUUGUUCAAUCGAGCUUGGAUUGGUGAAUCCUACGGUUGGUGUGUGGAGGAGGAAUGUUUUAUUCGCAGUUUAUAUUAGCGAAGAAAGGACCACUUGGGACAAUAUGGAUCGCUGCCCAUUUGGAGAGGAAGCUUCGUAAGAAUCAGGUCGCUGAUACUGACAUCGGUGUCUCCGUUGAUUCCAUUCUAUUUCCGGAAGCUCCAAUUGCAUUGCGUUUGUCUAGUCAUCUUCUCCUUGGUGUGGUUCGUAUCUAUUCCAAAAAGGUGAACUACCUCUUUGAUGAUUGCAGCGAGGCGUUACUUAAGGUUAAGCAAGCUUUCCGCUCUGCUGCAGUUGACCUGCCCCCGGAAGAAUCCACUGCACCGUAUCACUCGAUUACGUUGCCUGAGACGUUUGAUCUUGAUGAUUUUGAGCUUCCUGACAAUGAGAUCUUCCAGGGCAGUAAUUACGUUGACCAUCAUGUUAGUACAAGAGAGCAAAUCACCCUUCAGGACACCAUGGAUGGUGUUGUAUACUCAACAUCGCAAUUUGGAUUAGAUGAGAGAUUUGGUGAUGGCGACACUUCUCAAGCUGCUUUGGAGCUUGAAGAGGAAGUAUUCCAGGGUAAAGAUCUAAUUGGAUCAGAUGAUGAGGGAGUUCAAGGAACUGAUCACAAUGCAUAUAUGGAUGCGGCAACACCGGGGAUAAAGGAUGAUACGGUAGGAGUGUCUGAAGCGACUCCCAGAGAUUUCAACCAAGAGCAGGUUGAAGAUCUUGCUAUGAGGAAUGAGUUCAUCGAAGACGCUCAAGCUCCGCAAACCCCUGGAUUAGUCGAGGUGCCAAACUCGUCUAGUGUCAGAGAGCAGCUGGGAUGCGAUGAUCACAUGGAGGUAGAUGAUUUAAAUGCAGAAGAAGGUAGGAAGAUCUCUGAAGAGCUGGAUGCUAAUGAGACGCAUAAACCUGAUGAAGACCUACCUUCUGAAUCAGAGGUUGUUCCCAUGGAGGUGGAUAAGUCGCUGAUAGAUGAAAAUGCCAACGCACAAAACGAGCCGGAGGAAGAGAGGCCAGAGCAUGUACAUGUUAGUACAUCGCCAUGUUGUUCUCACAUGAUCACCGAGGUAGAGGAUCCUGGUCAAGCAAUCACUGAGGCAGGAACCGAUGAUAAUAAUGUUGUAGCAGAUAAGUCAGAUGCUGUUCCCUCAGCUGAGUCCCCUGGAGAGCCUACAAUGAAUAACGCUGAGCAUUGUCUAUCCCAGGAACCAAAAGAUCCUGGAGAAGAGAACCAAGAUCAUUUUGCCAUUGCCACUGAGGUGAAUCAAGAAACAGAUUCUAGUAUACAAGGAGAUGGGCAAGCGGACAGUAAACCAGAUGAGCAACUGAAUGAACAGUUGGUAACUGGAUGUACUGAUUCUGAUUUGCCUGCACCUGAAAAGGUAUUAGCUGCACCUGAGACUGAGAGACAGGGGGAUGAAAAUGGUUUCAUGGUUGAAUCUACACCAGAUAAAGAAGACCCUGGCACAUGCAACGAGGAUGCAGGAAAUAAUAAUAAUAAAAUUACUGGGAAAAAACGCACUUUUACUGAGAGCACCAUAACAGCAGAAAGUCUGAACUCUGUUGAGUCAGUGGAGCUGAUUCAGUCUAAGAGAACUGCAGAUUCUGUUCCUGAUGACGAUGACUUGUUGUCUUCUAUCUUAGUAGGAAAGUCAUCUUUUCUGAAGAUGAGGUCUACACCUGUGCUUGAAAUAGCAACUACGAAACGGUCACGAGCUGCUCCCCGUUCUACUGCCACAAAGAGGAAGGUUCUCAUGGAUGACCCUAUGGUCUUGCAUGGCGACCUUAUACGGGAACAGCUGACAAACACUGAAGGCAUACGCCGUGUGCGGAAGAAGGCACCUUGCACCGUUGCUGAAAUCGUUAUGCUUCAAAGGCAGGCUUUGGAGGAUGGACUCUUGAAGGAGCCAAUAUUCACUGGUAUGUCGGUGGAAUUAGUAUCUCUACACAAUGAGCCCUUUGAUCUGAGAGGAAUCACGAUAAUCGAGAAUGAUGACCGUCAUGCUUCUGUUGGAGUGGUGGAAGAUAAUGAAUGUUCUGCUCCUCAAACUCGCCCUGAUGGUUCUGAAGAGCAACCUGCUGAGGCUCUUACUCACCCAGAGGACCAACAAAACAUAGACCAACAGGAAGAAGAAGUGAAAGACGAUAACGAGCUUGGUGAAACAGCAUGUGAGUUAGAAGUUCCAAAAGAAGGCGAUGGAGCUGCUGCUGAUGAAGUAAGUCUUGUAGUGAAUGACGAGAUCGGUCAAAUGCCAGCCGAGGACAAAGUCGAUCAUGUAGAGGGAAUAGAGGAUUUACAGGUGGAAGGAUACCAUGAUGGAGGUGUAGGCGGUGAAGAUGUUUGUGUUAUCGAAAUUACUGAAGGUGAUGUUGAUCACAACGCCAUUCUCAAUGAGACAGACUUGAAGGUUGAAGAUGAGCUUCCACAUGAUAAGAAGACGGAUGCAUCAGCUGAAGUCUGCGAGAUUGGUGUAGACAACCAGACUCAAUGUGAUAUCACAAUUGGCUAUAUUGAAAAUGGACACGUAGAAGCUGGUGAUUUGGCUUUGGAAAGUCUCAACGAACCAAUUGUGGAAGCAAAAUAUGAUGGGGUGAAUCCAGAGACAGAGCCUGAUAACAACUACGAACCGCAUAAUGAUGUGUUUAAUGAGGAGGCUACUAAUAUGCAAAGUGCACCAGAUGAAGAUCCUACUUCUCGCGAUGGUUUUAUGAGAGAUAACGACGAAAUGGAUACAAUGGAAGUGGCACAUGACACAGGAUUUUUGAAUGUGGAUGAUGAUGAAGUCGAUGAAGAUCAUGAAGAAGACGAUGGUAUGCAAGAAGGUGAUGGAACUCGUCUUCUAGAGAACAGUGGUUGGUCUUCUCGUACCAGGGCUGUGGCGAAGUAUCUCCAGACAAUAUUUGAUAAAGAAGCUGAGAAUGGGAAGAGUGUUGUUGUAGCGGACAAACUUUUAGCUGGGAAAACCCGUAAAGAAGCAUCGAGAAUGUUUUUUGAAACCCUGGUUUUGAAAACAAGAGAUUAUAUCCAAGUUGAACAAGCUAAGCCAUAUGAAAGCAUCACCAUAAAACCGCGACCAAAACUCACCAAAUCCAUCUUCUAGACGGAGAGGAGUCUUAUAGUUGCAGAUAGGUAGAGUUUGAUCCAGCCAGAAAAUAUCAUCCUAAAUGAUUUUCAUUCUCUGAAGUUAUAUACAUUUUCCCUUUUCCAAGGCAAUGUAGUAGCGAUAAUAGUGUCAGUGGUGUUGUAGCUAACCAUCCAAGUAGCUGGAGGUCAUUUAUUUUACCCUUAUAUAUAUAACUUGUAUGUAUGUAUAUAUUGGUGCCACCAUGAUCAUCACCAGUUUAAAUUUGAUAGAUGCUAAUUUUAUUUU